GCAGAGAAAUCACUCCAUGUGUGAGAACUUUGGUGCUGGUAAAAGAGAAGUUUGAGAAGAUGAGAGAUCCACAACCAUGCAGAAUGGAGAAUGAAGAUACAGAGGAACAAAAAGAUACGAUGGAAGUGAAUAAGGACGGUCAAGCUAAAGUGGAUGGGAAACAUCAAAAUGUAAAAACCAAAUGUCAUGUUUCUCAGAAAGGAUCUCUGAGAAGAGAAGACAAAAAGUGUAAAAAGAGUUUCAAAAAAGUUGGAGGCCCUGCGGAUCACAUGAGGACUCAAAAUGGAAGGAAACCAUUCACGUGUCGUCAGUGUGGGAAGAGCUUCAGAAUCAAAGCACUCUUUAAUGCACAUAUGAGAGUUCACACUGGAAAGAAACCAUUUAAAUGUCAUCAAUGUGGAAAGUUUUUCAGAUUUUAUAGUUCCCUUAAGAAACACAUGAGAAUUCAUACUGGAGAAAAACCAUACAAAUGCCAGCAGUGUGGAAAGAGUUUUGCCAUUGGAAGUAACCUUAAUAAACACAUGAGAAUUCACACUGGAGAGAAACCUUACACAUGUCAUCAGUGUGGUAAGAGUUUUGCCAUUGAAAAUAACCUCAAGAUACACAUGAGAAUUCACACUGGAGAGAAACCAUUCAAAUGCAGUCAGUGUGACAAACGUUUCACCCAAAAAUCAUGUGUUAAAACGCACAUGAGAAUUCACACUGGAGAGAAACCAUUCACAUGUAAACAGUGUGGGAAGAGUUUUGCCCAUAAGUCAACCAUGGACUACCACAUGAGAAUUCACACUGGAGAGAAACCGUUCAAAUGCAGUGAGAAUGAGAAGAGUUUUACCACUAGAAGUAACCUUAAUACAAACAUGAGAAUUCAAACAGAAGAGAAACCAUUCAAAUGCAGUCAGUGUGACAAACGUUUCGCCCAACAAUCAGGUGUUGAUAGACACAUGAGGGUUCACACCGGAGAGAAACCUUUUGAAUGUCAUCAAUGUGGAAAGUUCUUCGGAUGUUCUAGUGCCCUCAUUAAACACAAGAGAAUUCACACCGGAGAGAAACCUUUUGAAUGUCAUCAAUGUGGAAAGUUUUUCAGAUGCUCCAGUUCCCUUAUUAAACACAUGAGAAUUCACACUGGAGAGAAACCUUACUCGUGUCAUCAUUGUGGUAAGAGUUUUGCCCAACAUUCAGGUUUAACAACACACAUGAGAAUUCACACCGGAGAGAAACCGUUCAAAUGCAGUCAGUGUGACAAAAGUUUCACCCAACAAUCAGGUGUUGAUAGACACAUGAGUAUUCACACCGGAGAAAAACCUUUCGAAUGUCAUCAAUGUGGAAAGUUCUUCAAACGUAAUAGUGCUCUCAAUACACACAUGAGAAUUCACACUGGAGAGAAACCGUUCACAUGCCAGCAGUGUGGAAAGAGUUUUACCUUUAGUAGUAACCUUAGAAUACAUAUGAGAAUUCACACCGGAGAGAAACCGUUCAAAUGCAGUCAGUGUGACAAAAGUUUCACCCAACAAUCAGGUGUUGAUAGUCACAUGAAAAUUCACACUGAAGCUAAACCUUACAAAUGCAGUGAGUGUACGAAGAGUUUUACCACUGGAAGUGACCUUAAUACACACAUGACAAUUCACACCGGAGAGAAACCAAUCAAAUGCAGUCAAUGUGACAAAAGAUUCAUCCAUAAAUCAAGUCUUGAUAGACACAUGAAAAUUCACACUGGAGAGAACACUUUUGAAUGUCAGCAAUGUGGAAAGUUUUUCAACUCCUGUAGUACCCUUAACACACACAUGAGUGUUCACACUGGAGAAAAACCGUUCAAAUGCAGUCAGUGUGAUAAAAGUUUUGCCCAACAAUCAGCUGUUGAUAGACACAUGAAAAUUCACACCGGAGUAAAACCUUUUGAGUGUCAUCAAUGUGGAAAAUUUUUCAGAUCCUCUAAUAGCCGUAAUACACACAUGAGAACUCACACUGGAGAGAAACCGUUCACAUGCCAGCAGUGUGGAAAGAGCUUUACCACCGCUGGUCACCUUAAGGAACACAUGAGAAUUCACACCGGAGAGAAACCUUUCGAAUGUCAUCAAUGCGGAAAAACGUUCAGCGGUUAUAGUAGCCUAUAUGCACACAUGAGAAUUCACACUGGAGAGAGAGCGUUCACCUGUCAUCUGUGUGGAAAGAGCUUUAUCACCGGUGGUCACCUUAAGACACACAUGAUAACUCACACUUGCAGUCAGUGUGGAAAGAGUUUCCGGGAUAAAAACACACUUAAGAUGCACAAAAGAAUUCACACCAGAGAGAAAUCUUAGCGUGAAGACGCUUUGAAGAAUCACAUGGGAACUCACACCGGAAUCUUACAGUCCACAUGAGGGUUUACACUGGAGAGAAACCAUUUACGUGUAAACAGUGUGGGAAGAGUUUCACAUGUAAAUGUAGUUUCAGAACUCUCACUCUAGAAAAAAGCCAUUUAAAUGUGAAAAAGUGCGGUAAAAUGUUUAAAUCCUCAUCAUAUUUGAUGAUACACACAUGAGUGUUCAUGGAGUUGAAGAGUUUCGUUGCAAAACGAGAUAAAUCAAUUUUUUUUAA